UUUACCAAUAAAGAUAUUUUAAAAAGAUAGUGAUUGUUAGUGUUAAAGAAUAAUAGAACUUUGUUUUAGUAAUACUUAUACCUACCUAACAGACAAUUCUGGUCAACUUAUUAUAUCUAAACAUAUCAAUCAAUAAAUUAUUGGUAAUAUAUUAUACCUUCUAACUGCAUUUUAUUUAAAAAAAAUAGAAAUAGAAUAAACAUGGUUUACAAACCUGUUCAAACAACCGAAGAAGAAUUCAUUUGCACUAACGGCGGUGUUAAAUUAAAUGAUAUUAAUGAUGAAUUAAUUACAACAUUUGAUGGUAAAAGUGCAAUAAUUGUAAAAUCUGUGAAUAAUGAUAACGAGUGUAAAGUAACUAUCGAACAAAAAAAUAUUGAAAAUUUAACAUUGCAGUAUGUAGCAUCGUUUACAGCAACUUUGGCACUGUUUAUCACCGGAAUGAAUUGGGGAUGGCCUGGUCCAACAUUUAUGAAAAUGACAUCACCAACAUUUCCAUUACAUGUAACCGAAUUCGAACUCACAUGGAUGGCAUCAAUUAUCUCUUUAGCAUCGAUUACUGGACCAUUUUUAGGUGCAACACUUGUUGAUAUAAUUGGACGUAAAAAAGUAUUACUUUUACUAGCAUUUCCAUUUCUAUUCGAAUGGAUAUUAUUAUAUUAUUCCGAUGAAACAUUAAUCGUUGUAUAUAUUGCACGAAUAAUGGCUGGUUUAAGUAUUGGCGUUGCAUUAAGUGUGGUUCCCGUUUAUUUGGGUGAGAUCUCAUCACCAAAUAUCCGUGGUAAAUUAAGUAAUUUAAUUAGUAUACAAAUUCAUUUGGGUGUGCUAUUUAGUUACGUAAUCGGUCCAUAUGUUUCGUUAAAACUUAGUAGUAUUAUUUCAGCAAUAUUUCCAGUUAUCUAUUUUAUAAUUUUUGUUUUUAUGCCAGAAACACCGUAUUUUUUUAUCAUGAAAGGUGAUCGUAUUAAUGCAAUUCGUUCAUUACAAAAACUUCGUGGAGAAUUAUAUAAUUGCGAAAUGGAAAUUAAUCGUAUAACCGAAAAUAUUCUUGCGUAUGAGAAUAGUAAAAUCAAAUUACGUGAUUUAUAUCGCAUUCCGUUAUAUCGUAAAGUUAUGUCGAUAAUAUUACUCUUGUUUACAGCGCAGCAUUUAGCUGGUAGUUCAUUUAUUUUAGCCUUUUGUCCCACUGUGUUAGCAAAUAUAAAUGCACCGAUUUCCACUUCCGUAAGUACCGUUCUAUUUGCAUUUGUUUAUCUUUUAUCAACGAUUAUUGUUGGAUUUUUAGUGGAUCGUUUUGGUAGGAAAAUCUUGUUAUUAGUUUCUUGUUUCGGUACAGCCGUGCCCUUAUUUGCGAUAGGAGUGUAUUUUUUGUUACGUGAUGUAUAUGAAAUGGACUUAACAAGUUAUACGCUAAUACCGACAAUUGGUUUAAUUAUUUUUCCACUAGCCCAUGGUAUUGGGCUAGGUUCCGUACCAUUUAUAAUGCAAGGUGAAUUAUUUCCAUCGAAUAUAAAAACUACAGCAUCAUUAAUUGCAACAUUAAUUGGUUCAAUUUAUGCUUUUUCUGUGCUCACUUUAUAUCAUCCGGUUAGAGAUUUAUUUGGUUUGCAUACGGUUUUCUUUAUAUUUUGUGGAAGUUGUUUAAUUGGUAGUUUAUUUAUUAUACGUUAUGUACCGGAAACUAAAAAUAAAACUUUAGAACAAAUUCAAGAUGAACUUCGACAAAAAGAAACUUAA